CAAAAAGUGCAAAGAGAAAGUCGCCGCGGAACUUAAAACGGUGGAGUUUUUUGCUAGCACUACUGAUAUGUGGUCAAGCCGCACAGCUGAAAAGUACCAGAGUCUUAAAGUCCAUUUUAUUGAUGAAGAUUUCAACCUCCGAGCUCGCUGCCUACAAACUACCUACUUCCCAGACGAUCACACAGGGGAAAAUAUUGCAGCCGGCCUGAGAGAAGGGCUUGUCAGCUGGGAUCUCCACGAGGAGAAUCACGUCUGCAUCACGACGGACAACGCGUCGAAUAUGGUGCUUGCUGCGCGGCUUAAUGAAUGGACGAGGCUCCAAUGUUUUGGCCACAGAUUACAUCUUGCCAUUGAAAAUGCACUCAAAGAUGACAGAGUGUCAAGGGCAACAGCACUGUGCAGGAAGCUGGUGGGGCACUUUUCCCACAGUUGGAAGAAGAAAGCAGCCCUGACGGAGGCACAGAGAGAGCUCAAACUCCCUGAGCACAACCUCAUAACGGAGUGCCCAACAAGAUGGGGUUCUAAAGAAAUGAUGAUUGCCAGAGUGCUUGAACAGGCCAAAGCCAUUUCUCAGGUAUUGUCUGGAGAUCGAUAUGCACGCUCCCUUAUCCCAACCUGGCAGGAUAUUGACGUGUUGGAGUCGAUUCACAAGGCACUGCAUCCUCUACUGGAGUUUACUGAUGCUCUUUCUGGAGAGGAGUAUGUAAGCAUCUCCUACCUCAAGCCAGUUCUCCACCUUUUUGCCACAUCAGUCCUGGCUGAAGAUGCUGAGGACACUGACCUGACUAAAUCAAUAAAAACCAAAGUCCUAGCAUACCUCAAUAACAAAUAUGGAGACCCAAACAUCCAGGAGCUUUUGGAUGUUGCCUGUUUCCUGGACCCUAGGUUCAAAAUACAGUACAUCAGUACAGACAACAUCCCUGCUAUCAAGACUCGUCUGAAGACAGAGAUAGUAGACUUGGCACAACGUACAUAUCAUUGGGAGAAGAGGUCUCGUACUGAAACUGUUCAGAUGCCUCAAAGUGCACAGUCCUUGGGGGAAAAGACGAAGAGGUCUCUUGGCAGUUUUUUUCAAGACCAGUUCAGCCUCUCCUUCUUUGCCUGUAAAUCUUGAAGAUGUCGCAGAGGCAGAGAUAAACAAUUACCUGAUGACUCCUACCAUUGAUGGAGAAGAUGAUCCAUUGGCUUGGUGGAGGGUGCACAAGAUCAGCUACCCACAGUUGUGCACCAUGGCACGCAAGUAUCUUUGUGUACCUGCUACAAGCGCUCCCUCAGAGCGUCUUUUUAGCACAGGAGGGAAUAUUGUGACUUGCACUCGCUCAUCCUUGAAGCCAGAAAAAGUCAAUAUUCUGGUUUUCUUAGCAAAAAACCUGUGAGCCACUGAGAACAGAACUGUUGGAUAAGUAUGGCUGGCAGUGCCAUACUCGUAGUGAACUUUAGUCUGUGUGGUGUGUUAUUGUUGUGUACUUGAGAUAAGUGAGGCUCAUCUAUUUUAUAUUAUAAUAUUCAAAUC